UUCGGAAGAAGGCGUGGCCUACCUCGCAUCAGGACCAGUCGGGCUGCACCUGCAUCCUUCGCUCAGAGCAUCCCUGGAGCAUCCUAGGAGGCGCCAGCAGCUGGCAAACGGGGGCCCGGCCGUCGCAGGAGGUGUCCGCCAGAUACCUCCCCCCCUCCCCUGAGCUAUCGCUCUACCGCGGCGGCCUCAGUGCCGGCCGGCCGUCCCCAGACUGGGCUGACCACUGAAAAAGCAUUUACAGCAAUAGCCUCUGAUUACGACAUGGCUGAGAUCACCAAUAUCCGACCUAGCUUUGAUGUGUCGCCGGUGGUGGCCGGCCUCAUCGGGGCGUCCGUGCUGGUGGUGUGUGUCUCAGUGACCGUCUUCGUGUGGACAUGCUGUCACCAGCGGGCAGAGAAGAAGCACAAGACCCCCCCCUACAAGUUUAUCCACAUGCUCAAAGGCAUCAGCAUCUACCCAGAGGCCCUCAGCAACAAGAAGAAAAUCAUCAAAGUGCGGAGAGACAAAGACGGCCCUGGGAGGGAAGGGGGGCGUGGGAACGUGCUGGACUCAGCUGAGGCUGGCCUGCUGGGCCGCGACAAAGGCCCCAGGGGCCCCGGCUCCGGAUCCUGUAUAGACCAGUUACCCAUCACAGUGGACUAUGGGGAAGAACUGAGGAGCCCCGUGGCGAGCCUGACCCCCGGGGAGAGCAAGACCACUUCUCCGUCGUCCCCUGAGGAGGAGGUCAUGCUGGGGUCCCUCACCUUCUCGGUGGACUACAGCUUCCCGAAGAAAGCGCUGGUGGUGACAAUCCAGGAGGCCCAUGGGCUGCCGGUGAUGGAUGAACAGACCCAGGGCUCUGACCCCUACAUCAAAAUGACCAUCCUUCCCGACAAGCGGCAUCGGGUGAAGACCAGAGUGCUGCGGAAGACCCUGGACCCUGUGUUCGAUGAGACCUUCACCUUCUAUGGCAUCCCCUACAGCCAGCUGCCCGACCUGGUGCUGCACUUCCUCAUCCUCAGCUUCGACCGAUUCUCCCGGGAUGACGUCAUCGGGGAGGUCAUGGUGCCGCUGGCCGGCGUGGACCCCAGCACGGGCAAGGCCCAGCUGACCAGGGACAUCACCAAAAGGAACAUCCAGAAGUGCAUGAGCAGAGGGGAGCUCCAGGUGUCCCUGUCCUACCAGCCCGUGGCGCAGAGAAUGACAGUGGUGGUCCUCAAAGCCCGACACCUGCCGAAAAUGGACAUCACCGGUCUCUCAGGUAAUCCUUACGUCAAGGUGAACGUCUACUACGGCAGAAAGCGCAUCGCCAAGAAGAAAACCCACGUGAGGAAGUGCACCUUGAACCCAGUCUUCAACGAGUCUUUCGUCUACGACAUCCCCCCCGACCUGCUGCCUGACAUCAGCAUUGAGUUCCUGGUCAUCGACUUCGACCGCACCACCAAGAACGAGGCGGUGGGGAGGCUGAUCCUGGGGGCGCACAGCGUCACGGCCAGCGGCGCGGAGCACUGGCGGGAGGUGUGCGAGAGCCCCCGCAAGCCGGUGGCCAAGUGGCACAGCCUGAGCGAGUACUGAUCCGGGGCUCCUCGCCGGGCGGGGGCGCCGGGAGCGGCAGACUGAACACCUCGUUUUAGUUGUAGAAGAUUUCUUACAAAAUAAGCCCCACAAAGAACGCCCCACAUGACCACAGCUGCAGACCAGUUCUUAGUGAUGAUUCUUCUCCUUUGCAAGGCACUAGAAAUUCUGGUUUUUAAUGGGGGAAAAAGAGAGGGAAAGGCCUCCCCAGUCUAUAUAACAAUGUAACCUUAUACUUGCAUGUCUAAUACAAACUGAAGAAAUUAGCCUAACGGCCAAUAUCAAGUUACAGAUUUUGAUCCAUGAAAAUUGUGUUUUGUGCCGAAUUGUAUUUGCUGAUAACCUGAAAUUGGCCUCUUUUUACCGGGCUUUUCUGGAGAGGCACCGUCUCCCCCCACCUCUGCAGACCAUAGUUGGCUCCCGAGAGACUCGCGGCUUCCUCUUCCCCGUGUCCUCUGUCCCUCUGCGCGCUGGCCGAGCCCGAGGCCCGAGGGGCCGGGUGGGGGCGGCGGGCUUCGCAGGGGAAGGGGGUGCCAGGCGUGGGCUGUCUGCCGGGCCGUGACUCCUGCGAGGCAAAGCACGUGAGCACUGCAGGCUCGCGAGGCAGAAUCCGGGUUUUUGCGGAACUAGCCGACUUCUCUGGAGGGAGCUUUGGAGACUCGAUCGGGUGGCACCGCUGGGCGCGUGCGGCGGGUCCCCGGCGAUGUGUGUGUGUGGGCAGAGCGGAGGCGACUGUCACCGCCUUGCGGCUACGCCAGCCAGUGACAGCCCUUUGUUGGUCUGAAGGAUGAAACUGGCCUUUAUUUUUCCAGAAACGUGCACCACGGAGAAGCUGUGGUCUUCUCAGGCAGCUUAGGGGAGGUCGGCUCUGCCUCCUAAGGAAGAGGGCCUUCAGAAAUGAUUCUUUAUCCUUAGAGGUUUUCAAUUGUGGCUCUUAAAACUAACGAAGUGAGGAAGUGGGAGUUACUGAGCGGUCAAGGAAACCUGGAUUCAUGUAUACCAUGCUGCCCUGCGUAACCGAGCGCUCAGUUCUGGGAUCGAGGGUCCAGGCCAGGUGGCCAGGGAGCCAGCGUCUUGCCGGAUUCACACUCAGGUCUGCUGACUCCCGGGGGCCCGGGCUCUGAUGCCGAGGCCUCCCAGAGGGCAGACGCCCGGUCCGCAGGCGGUGGGCGAGCGUGUGCGGGCAGCAGCCUUCCCCCGGCCUCAAAGGGCCGCCGCAGCAGGUCCCCACCGACAAGGGCCUCCCCGCCCUGGCUCGGAGGAGGCCCGGUGUCCACGGACAGGGCGGCGAUGUUGCCCCUGACGUGUCCCAAGCUCUGGUGGAUUUAAAACCAGGCUGCUCCCCACCCCCCAAAUCCCUGGAUUCUCGACAGGGCCCAGCAGGCCGAGCGCCCGCCCAGUGGUCUCCAGCCUCUACUCCAUGGAAUGUAAAUACUGUAUCAUACGUAGAAGAAAAUAAUUUUUGUUUUCUAAAAAUGCAUUUUGAGAUAGUUUAAUGUAAAUCGGACAGGAGCAUCCUGAAGCCCCAUUAGGAAAAAACCUAAAUGCUUCCUCUUCAUCGCCUUAAUGUCUGAAGAUCAGAACCCGCUGAGCACCUGCUCUCGCAUCCUUGCCAGAAGUAAUGCUGAGCCCCAGGCGGCAGAGUCUGGUCUUUGCCCCGCUGAUGUAGCUUGUCACAUGGCGCCCAUCCCCCCCCUCCAGUCCGCUUUCCUCCCUCAUUCUCUGGGGCUGUUGAGCAGUGGGUGGCGAGGGGACAGGGCGAGGACCGGUAGUUCUGGGGCCUGGAGUCGCCUCCAAAAGAGGCAGACAGCACAGGGCUCCUCCCUCCUACCUCACGCCUGAUCCAUCGUGCCCUUGGCUUUGCUGUCCCAAAGUUUCCUAGCUGCCUUUGGCUUUCACCCGUGUCCCUCCCAGAGCCACCUGCUAAGGGCGGGGGAGCAGUGUGUCCUCCUCAAGAGUCCGUUGAAAGACAAGAGUCGCACCCUAGCUUUUGCACAAGGCACUCGCGGUCGGGAACGGGUUAGGGAUUUUCCAAGAGUCGGUCCUUCUCUGCUGCCUUGAUUCCUUUGGGAAGACAAGUUUUCUUAAUAACGAAAGUCUGUUUAUGAGUUAAUCCUCCAUUCAGCUCUUCUUGAUGGAGUGGAGCCACGAGUUCCGUGGCCGUGAACGUGCUCUCGGUAUGAAAACAGAGAACUGGCUUGUGGGACGGGAGCGACUUGCUCAGGAGAAGGAACGGUACGAACCCUUUUCUUGGAAGGCUUGACUACGGCCACAAUAGCGACAUUGCCCUCACCAUGAUCCUUCUCCAACGUGGUCGUCUUUCUUUACCUUGUGUCUUCUCUUGUAAAAAUGAAACUCGAGAUAAAUGUGUCAAAUUAAAAAAGAAAAAAGAAAAAACAGAAAAAGCUAACCUGAGUUGUGUGACUCUGCAUAAUGCUGUUCUGCUGACCCACGGCGUGUGGUGCUGUCCUGUGUGUGGACCUUGUCAGUGCGCCACAUAAGUGCAAAAUAAAGACUGACUCACAUUAAACACGC